AUGAGCCUCUCAAGUGCUGUGCAAUGGUGGGAGGACUGGCAACUGCGCAUCCUCGUUCUCGGCAGCCUCUUUGUUCAGUGGCUCCUCUUCUUUUCUGCCAGCAUGCGUAAGCUCCCUAUCCAUUCUGUGUACAGAUACGUAAUAUGGAUGUCAUACCUGGGCAGCGACGCUCUGGCCAUAUACGCCCUUGCCACCCUCUUCAACCGCCAGGGGAGGCAAGAUUGUAGCUCUGGGCAAGGCAAUAGCAUUCUGGAGGUGGUAUGGGCACCGGUUCUCCUGAUCCACCUGGGAGGGCAGGACCUCAUAACUGCCUACAACAUUGAAGACAAUGAGCUAUGGACGCGACACAUCUUCACCUCUGUAUCUCAGGUCACCGUAGCCAUCUACGUGUUCUGCAAAUCAUGGCCAGGCGGCGACAUGAGGUUGUUGCUGGCAUCAAUCUGUUUAUUCGUCGUGGGGAUCCUCAAAUGCGUUGAGAAACCCCAGGCUCUCAGGAGCGCUAGCAUUAACAGCCUAGUCAGCUCUUCUGGCCCUGCUCUGAGAAGGAACACAGACGGAGAAGGCGGGAUCAAUUCGCUUGAAGACUACGUGAAAAAAGCAAGGGCUUUUGUCCAGACCAACCCCCGUCAUCAAGCACAAGAAGGUGAUGCUCAAGCACAAGGAGAACACGCUGCCAUGGACAUUGAGGCCGACUAUCAGCCUCGAGCACAUGGAGAAGUUACCACCAUGGAUAUUCAGCCUGACCACCAUCCUCUGUCCUCGAGCACAUGGAAAAGCCGCCUAAACCAAAUAAUAGAAGAAAGAAGCCGCCGUUACAAACAAAGGGUAAAAGAAAUAAAAAGCCUAGUUGAUGACUAUAAUAUGACCCUUGAGGUCUAUAAGCUAUUUCUGGACCUUGCAUCAUCGUAUCAUGAUCGGCUUGCUAUCCUUGAAUUCAUCUGGGUACGUGAUGGAAACCAAGCAUAUGGUUUGUUGCAAAACAGGCUAUCCGGCGCGUUCGAUCUUCUCUACACCAAAAGAAAGAUGUUCAGCCUAAUGGAAAAAAGACGCAAGGAAAACUCAACAAUCUGGGUUUUUCUUUCUGACUGCGUACGUGUAUCAGCUGCAUUUCUGCCAUGGGCAGCCAUCAGCCUCUUCCACAAGAGUCACAGAGAUGCUUAUAAUGCUAACGAUGUGAAGGUUACCUAUGCCUUGUUAUGUUGUACAGCAGUGCUGGAGAUUUGCUCUUCUUGCAUGACCAUGAGAGACCAAGGCUAUGCCGGUUCUGACCAAGGGGAAGCCAGUUCUGGUUCUCGGGUUGCUAAAUAUAAACAGGCAAGAAGAAAAGUUGUGCUGCAUUUAAGAGUAAUUGUUAUCUGGUUCCAGUGUCCACCGAUCAUGGACUGGCUCGCUAACCUUCUUAGGGCACUAAGACAGUUCAGCAGUAAGGCACUCUUAAAUAGCUUUGUAGCCCAAUAUAAUCUGGUAUGGUUCUUUGCAUGUAACAAAAGGCGGUCCUCCUGGAAGAUGCACAUCGCGAAAUUCUUUAACUGCAAGGACUUUGUUGACCAGUAUUGUGGGUCCAUGGUGCCCUGCAACUCAACCGUUGCAAUUACAGAGUUGGUUCUGGAGUAUGUGAAGAAAGGAUGGGAAGAUCAAAUAAAAGAUGCCGACAGUUAUUGGAAGUUCAAUGAUCGCAGGGGCUGGGGGACUCUUCAGGUCAACAAGUGCGACCAAGAGCUGGGCUACAGCUUAAGGAGACCAUUCGAUGAGAGUGUUCUUCUCUGGCACAUCGCCACGGAUUUCUGCUUCUACUACAUUGGCGCAUCAGCAGAUCACCAGUGUGCCACUGCUCAGUGUAUUCAAGAUGCUUCUGGUGAGGGUCAUGGGUGUGCUGUUUGGUGUGAAAGAUCUCCUCAUCAUGAAAGAGCCAAUCGGUGCAGAGAACUGUCCAACUACAUGAUCUACCUACUCUUUAUCAAUCCUGAGAUGUUAUUGCCUGGCACUAGGCGGAAUCUGUUCACAACUGCUAAUGCGGAUCUGGAGGAGAUCCUCAAGGAUGAAAAUACAUCGCUCAAAAAGAUUCUCAAGGACGAGCCUUCACUCAUGGAGAUCUUGGGGAAAAAAGAUUCAAAUAUCUGGAUUAUUUGGAAGGUCUUGUUCGACGCCAAAAGAAAAUGGCGUGAGGAGACCAAAAGAGGACUUGUGCAAACAGUAAUCUCCAAGGUGCAGUCCACAGAAUGCAGUGAAGUUGUCGCAUGCACAAAAUUGUCACCGAAUGCAGAGACAAUCUCCAAGAAGCAGCCCACAGAAUGCAUAGAAUUGCCGUCAGAUGCAGAGAUACUCUCCAAGGUGCAGCCCACACAAGGUUUUAUCAUUGAUGCAUGGAAGCUUGCUGAAGCAUUGUUAGAUUUUGGUGAUGAGAAGAAGAUGUGGGAGGUGAUUGAAGGCGUGUGGGUGGAGAUGCUCUGCUUCUCGGCCAGUAAGUGCCGAGGGUACCUACAUGCCAAGAGUUUGGGCACUGGCGGGGAGCUGCUCACAUAUAUCUGGCUCCUGCUGUCGCACAUGGGGAUGGAGACCUUGCCGGAGAGGCUGCAGAGGGCGGAGUUUUCAAGUGAAGAAGGAAAUGCCGGUGCCUCUUCAUCGACUUCCCAGGUCAGCGAUCCCACCGGGGAAGCCAUUGUUUGA